AUGAAGCUCUCCAAUGUGCUCAAUGUUCUCCUCACCCUCCCGAGGAGAACCCUGCCUGCCUUCCCUGGCCUGUGCUGUUUUUCUUCUGGGGAAGUCAAGCAAGGGUCGGACAUGGAUCGAGAGCACCUCAACUCCGACCUCGAAUCUCCUCUCAUUGCAGCCUCCUACCAUGAGGGUCGUAUGUUGUUGGAAGAAGAUGGUGUUUUUGAAACCAUUGAAGAGCUCAGGAAGCAAGUCAAGCUUGCGGGUCUUCUGAUAAUCGUCAGCUUCUUGCAGUACAGUCUUCAGAUGGUGUCGAUCAUGUUCGUUAGUCAUCUUGGCGAGCUAUCUCUCUCCAAGUACCACCUCUGUGCUCUAGUCCGGAGGUCAGGUGGAUCCAUGGCUCGGAACCUGGGUCCCCUGAUUGACAUCGUAGCCAUAUUGUCGUUAUGUCAUCAAUUAUUGAUAUCAGAGAACUGUCAUAAUCGCCUAGCGACAAAUGCGUUUAAGCAUAGAGACUUCAAACUUGUAAGUUGGUCAAAGCUCCAUCCAAACGCACCUUAUAGAGUAGUCCUUUUUCUCAAGGCCUAG